AUGCCUAUGAGGAACGCGCUGGUCGCCAUAGCUUUCGUCCUACCAGCAGGAGCCGAAUUUGCCGUUCCUGGAGAACAAAUGACGACCUGUGAUUCUCACCGUUUGAACAUUCAUCACCUUCAUUGUGAGAAUGGAGUGAUCCAAGUAGAGGAAGCUCUGUACGGUCGGUCAAGCUCAGCGGUGUGCACUGAAGAUCGACCUCCACGGCAGCUGGCAAACACUGAGUGCGCUCACCCAGGCACACUUGAAACCAUGCGUACAAGAUGCAACGGAAAAAAGACGUGUGAGAUCAACACACGUAUUUUCCGCAAACCUGAUCCCUGUCCUGGCACCUUUAAGUAUUUGCAGACCAACUACACCUGUCCGCUUGCAAUCACGGCGGUAGCAUGCGAGGAUUCUUUGGUGCAUUUGUUUUGUGUUGAAGGGCUAGUUAUCAAGGUCUACAGCGCCUACUACGGACGUCGCGACACCAACACGUGUGUCCUCGGAAGGCCUCGGAAACAAGUGCGAAAUACCGAAUGCCUACACCCGACUGAAAUUGUCCCUGACAGGUGCAAUGGGCGCAACAACUGUACUAUUCUUGCAAGCAAUAGUGUGUUUGGCGAGCCCUGUGGCGGCACCUACAAGUACUUGGAGGUUUCUUACACAUCGCUGGUCGUGACAGCUUCGGUCCUACUGGCAGGUGCCGAAAAAAUGACGACCUGCGAUUCUCACCAUUUGAACAUCCAUCACCUACAUUGUGAGACUGGAGUGAUCCAAGUAGAGCACGCUCUGUACGGUCGCACGAGCUCUGCGGUGUGCGCUGCAGGCCGACCUCCAUGGCAGCUGGCAAACACUCACUGCGCUCGCCCAGGCACACUUAAAGACAUGCGUACAAGAUGCAACGACAAAAAGACGUGUGACGUCAACACACGUUUUUUCCGCAAACCCGAUCCCUGUUAUGGCACCUUUAAGUAUUUGCAGACCAUCUACACCUGCCAACCUGCAUUUACUGUGGUUGCAUGCGAGGAUUCUUUGGCGCAUUUGUCUUGCGAUAAAGGGCUAGUUAUCAGGGUCUACAGCGCCAACUACGGACGUCGCGACAGGAAGACGUGUGUCUUCGAAAGGCCUUGGGUACAAGUACGAAAAACUAAAUGCGUACACCCGACUGAAUAUGUCCCUGGCAGGUGCAAUGGGAAAAACAAGUGUACUAUUCUUGCAAGCAAUAGUGUAUUUGGCGACCCCUGUCGAGGCACUUACAAGUACUUGGAGAUUUCUUACACAUGUGAACGUAAGACGAUUGUUGCCUAUUUCACAUUUCAAGCUCAUUUUUGCUGCUAUGGAAAUACACAGUGUUAUACAGGUGCCGAACAAAUGACGACCUGCGAUUCUCACCGUUUGAACAUCCAUCACCUACAUUGUGAGGAUGGAGUGAUCCAAGUAGAGCAGGCUAUGUACGGUCGCUCGAGCUUAGCGGUGUGCGCUGCAGGCCGACCUCCACGGAAGCUGGCAAACACUCAGUGCGCUCGCCCAGGCACACUUGAAGACAUUCGUACAAGAUGCAACGGCAAAAAGACGUGUGACGUCAACACACGUUUUUUCCGCAAACCCGAUCCUUGUCGUGGCACCUUUAAGUAUUUGCAGACCAACUACACUUGCUAUCCUGCAUUUACCGUGGUUGCAUGCCAGGAUUCUUUGGCGCAUUUGUUUUGCGAUAAAGGGCUAGUUAUCAGGGUCUACGGCGCAGACUACGGACGUCGCGACAGGAACACGUGUGUCCUCGGAAGGCCUUGGAAACAAGUACGAAAUACUGAAUGCCUACACCCGACUGAAAUUGUCCCUGAAAGGUGCAAUGGGAAGAACAAGUGUACUAUUCUUGCAAGCAACAGUGUAUUUGGCGACCCCUGUCGAGGCACCUACAAGUACUUGGAGGUUUCUUACACAUGUGAAUGUAAGACGAUUAUCCUGUAA